ACAGCAGCAGGUGAGCGCCAAGCAUCGCGUCCCCAAGGCGAGAGUAGCGGAGCGCCGUCAUGGGCAAGCUUCAAGAAUUUGACAUUACUUUCGCCAACAACAAGGUGGUUUACAGUCCGGGGGAGUCUAUCAGCGGGACGGUGAAAAUACGAAUCAGCAACUCCCUGCCGUACAAAGCCAUCAAGGUGAAGUGUCAAGGCUCAUGUGGGAUCUCAACCAAAGUUACCGACACCUCUUGGACUGUGGAGGAACAGUACCUAAACAGCACGCUAUCUGUUGCUGACAAAGGAACUCUGUCUGCUGGUGAACACAAUUUCCCUUUUCAGUUUCUUAUACCAGCCGCUGUACCGACUUCUUUUGAAGGACCUUUUGGAAAGACUGUCUACGAUCUGAGAGCAGCCAUUGACACGCCUCGCUUCGCAAAGGACUACAAAGCCCAGAAGCCCUUUUACCUCCUCAACCUGCUAAACCUCAAUGAGGUGCCAGACAUUGAUCAACUGAGCUACGCCGUUACAACAAAGAAGUUCAGCUACCUGCUCGUAAAGACGGGGACCCUGAUGCUUAAAACUUGCACUGACCUCAGGGGCUACAUUCCUGGUCAGGUGAUCAAGUUAGCCACAGAGAUCCACAACAAGUCUGGAAAAGACACAGGAUGUGUUCUCGCAAGUCUCAUACAGAAAGUAACCUACAAGACCAGUCGGCCAGUGUUUGACCUCCGAACCAUCGCAGAGGUGGAGGGAGCAGGAGUGAAAGCAGGAAAACAUGCUGAGUGGAGAGAGCAGAUCAUCGUACCUCCUCUUCCUCAGUCAGCUCUCGCCGGCUGCAGCCUCAUAGAUAUUGAUUAUUUCAUUCGGGUGUCCCUAAAAUCCCCAGAAGCAGUCGUCACUCUGCCCAUCUACAUUGGGAACAUUGCAGUGAACUUGUCUCCAGCCAGGACUGUGCCUUCCAGUCCAGGCCGCUGCACCGUGACGGCGAGACCCAACGCGGCGGGAGUGACACCCAGCGCCCCUCCGGCCGAGGACAAUGAAGAGCCCUGUGCAGGUGGUGCGGCCAGCGAGGAGAUCCCCACAAAGAGUCACUCUCAGCAGGAUCCCUCUGGUCAGCCUGUAUCCAUGUCUCCUAGCGCUUUCAGCCAUGCGCCUGGUGCAGCCUUGCCUCCUGGCCACAGGCAGCCGGGAGCUCCCUCUCCCUUGUUCUGUGUUUCUACUGGGGCCACCAUUCCCUUUUUCACCGAAGGAAAUCCCACACCUGUGCCCACUUCCUGUUCUCUCAUCCUCCCACCGGAGUACAGCAGCUGUGACUACCCGCAUGAGCCUCCACCCACUUAUGAAGAAAGCUGCAGCAGCACCAACUUCAGUUUCAACAGUGGACAAUAAAUGAAGAAACAGUGCUCACCUCUGGACAAAACAUGGACAUCUUAUGGCUGAAAGAAGCAGUGACUCCAAUUCCAACCCCAAAAGGGAUCAUGUCUUAUGGUGAAUAUAUCCUCUAAUCAGGUGGCGAUGGACUGAGCAGCUUGACAUCACCACACAGAUUUCAUCCCAUUGGACUUUUCUUACAUCAAGGGAGAAUACUUGAUUUUUGCACGUUAGCCAAACAGCAGGUGAGAAUAAAGUGGACAGACGCCACCUGGGGACAGUCUUAAGGACUCGCAACGGAAUAACAAAGGACGAUGUUAUUGCAGUAUUCCGUCUGCUUGAAAAAGGA